CACCAAUACCACCACCUCCAACAUCAUCACCAAUACCACCAAUACCAUCACCAACAUCACCACCAAUACCAUCAACAUUAUCACCACCAACAUCACCAGAACCACCACCUCCAACAUCAUCACCAUCACCAGGGCCAGGUGAAUGGCGGCGUGGUGAGAGAGCGUGGCGAUGAGUGGCCGCGUGGGUGUCCGUGCCGAGCCGGUGGACGGGGUGGAGCGGGGGGUGGAGCGGGGGGUGGAGCGGGGGGUGGAGCGGGGGGUGAGCAGCGACGAAGAGCUGAUCGACGUGGCCGGCGCCGUCGUCUCGUUCAGCAGCACGGAGAACGACGACGACGAGAUCAUCGAUGGAGGGGUCACCAAUGGCCCGUGCGUGUCGGGCUUCGGUGUGGGCCCGCCGGGCCUGCUGGAGGAGGCGGCGGCGAUCCCCGGCGUGGGCACCUACGCCGACUUCAACACCAUCGACUGGGUGCGCGAGAAGUCGCGCGACCGCGAGCGACACCGCAAGAUCACAAGCAGAAGGCGUGAGUCGGUGUGGAGCUUCGUGACGAGUGUUUUUGACGCGUGGUCGGGCUGGCUCGUCGUCACCCUCGUGGGGAUCUCCGCUGGCGCCCUGGCGGGGCUGAUAGACAUCGUGUCCGACUGGCUGUCGGACGUGAAGGAGGGCGUGUGCGUGGGCGAGCUGUGGUACAACCGCGAGCAGUGCUGCUGGGACUCGAACGAGACGACCUUCGAGGAGCGAGACAGCUGCCCCAAGUGGCGCUCCUGGGCACAGCUCCUGCUGGGGGACGACGCAGCGGGUGCUGGAGCGUACACGUUGGACUACACUCUCUAUGUGUCCCUCGCCGUGCUUCUCGCCGUGGCGGCCGUCAGCCUCGUGAGGACGUUCGCUCCGUACGCGUGCGGGUCGGGCAUACCCGAGAUCAAGACUAUCCUCAGCGGCUUCAUCAUCCGCGGCUACCUGGGCAAGUGGACGCUGCUGGUUAAGGUGGUGACGCUGGUGCUCGCCGUCUCGUCGGGCCUCAGCCUGGGCAAGGAGGGGCCGCUGGUGCACGUCGCCUGUUGCUGCGGGAACAUCGCCUCCCACGCCUUCCCCAAGUACCGCAGCAACGAGGCCAAGCGCAGAGAGGUGCUCUCCGCUGCGUCUGCCGCGGGGGUCUCCGUGGCGUUUGGAGCGCCCAUUGGGGGCGUCCUCUUCAGCCUCGAAGAGGUGAGCUACUACUUCCCGCUCAAGACGCUGUGGCGCUCGUUCUUCGCGGCGCUGGUGGCCGCCUUCGUGCUGCGCGCCAUCAACCCGUUUGGCGACAGCCGCCUGGUGCUCUUCUACGUGGAGUUCCACGCGCCGUGGUCGCUGCCCGAGCUGGCGCCCUUCGUGGCGCUGGGCGCCUUCGGGGGCGUCUGGGGCGCCGCCUUCAUCCGCGCCAACAUCUCCUGGUGCCGGCGCCGGCGCCGCGGCCCCGCCGGGCGCCUGGGGCGGCACCCGGCGCUGGAGGUGCUGGCGGUGGCGGCCGCCACGGCCGCGCUCGCCUUCCCCAACCCGUACACGCGCCGCGGCACGGGCCAGCUCAUCCGCGAGCUGUUCCGCGACUGCGGUCCGCUGGAGGCCGCCGAGUUGUGCGACUACGGGGCGGCCGCCGGCGGGGCGAACGGGACGGGGGGCGGGGCGGAGAGGGGGGCCGCCGGGCCCGGGGUCUACGCGGCGCUCUGGAAGCUGGGCCUGGCGCUCGCCUUCAAGGUGGUCAUCACCGUGUUCACGUUCGGCAUGAAGGUGCCCUCAGGGCUCUUUAUCCCCAGCAUGGCUGUGGGAGCUAUAGCCGGCCGCAUCGUGGGAGUCGGCGUGGAGCAGCUGGUGCUGGCGCAGCCGCAGAUGUUCGCCGACUGGUGCCGGCCGGGCACCACGUGCGUCACGCCGGGACUCUACGCCAUGGUGGGCGCAGCCGCCUGCCUCGGCGGUGUGACGCGUAUGACCGUGUCGCUGGUGGUCAUCAUGUUCGAGUUGACGGGCGGCCUGGAGUACAUCGUGCCCCUCAUGGUGGCCGUGAUGACGAGCAAGUGGGUGGGCGACGCGUUUGGGCGCGAGGGCAUCUACGACGCCCACAUCCGCCUCAACGGGUACCCCUUCCUGGACGCCAAGGAGGAGUUCACACACACCACGCUCGCCACGGACGUGAUGAGGCCGCUACGCACAGACCCACCACUCGCCCUGCUCACACAGGACGGCAUGACGGUGGACGAGGUGGAGACGCUGGUGCGGGAGACCACCUACAACGGCUUCCCCGUCGUCGCGUGCGCCGAGUCCCAGAGGCUCGUGGGCCUGGCACUCCGCAGGGACCUCCUCAUCGCCAUCGAGAACGCGAGGAAGCGUGACGACGGAGUGGUGAGCCACUCGCCCGUCUACUUUGGGCUCCACGCCCCGUCGCUCCCCCCGACUCGCCCCCCCCCCCUCAAGCUGCGCUCCAUCCUGGACCUGAGCCCCUUCACCGUGAGCGACCGCUCGCCCAUGGAGAUCGUGGUGGACGUCUUCCGCAAGCUGGGGAUACGCCAGUGCCUCGUCACCCACAACGGGCGGCUGCUGGGCAUCAUCACCAAGAAAGACGUGCUGCGCCACAUGGCUCAGAUGGCAAACCAAGACCCAGAGUCGAUCCUCUUCAACUGACCUCCUCGCGGGCGAAGCCGUCACCCCGGUGCGGACCGGGGGGGGGGGGCCGGGCCCCCCACUCUCGCCCGCGGGCCCCCCACUCUCGCCCGCGGGCCCC